CUCCCUCCUUUCUCCCUUCUCUCUGCCAGUCUCAGGCGAGCCUUCCUUGGGAGCCGGGCUCCUUUCCAUCCAUCUAUCCUCCUCGUCCUCUCUGGGGUCUCCCUCUCUUUCUCCUCUUCUCUUCCUUCCUGCCUCCUUUCCGGGGCCAGGAUGUCGGAGGUGCUGCCCUUCAGUGAGGAGAAGCUGGGCUCCUUCUCCUCGGACGUGGGGGCCGAGAUCCCCUUCUCCUGCCGGGUCCGGGACACCAACGCCUUCUACUCUGGGGGGCAGACCAAGAGGCCCCCCAAACUGGGGCAGAUCGGAAGGAGCAAGUGCGUUGUCAUCGAAGACGACCGGAUCGACGACGUGCUGAAAAACAUUUCCGAGAAGCCUCCACCAGGAGUUUAAACCCAACGACACCUAAAAAAUGGGGAAAAAAUUGAAAUAUUGAAGUUCGCCAUCCACAACUUUACAAACCUGCAAUUUUUAUAUAUACAUAUAUUCCCAAAAAAGCAGGGUCCGGAACGAAGGAAGGAAGAAGGAUGGAAAGAAAGAAAAGAAAAGGGGGGAACGAAAAAAAAGCACAAGCGGACGACAAAAAAAAUUGCACAAUUUUCUCCCUGAAUUUGAAAUAUUGCACUGAAACUUUGGACUUUUUUUUUUUCUCACGAGACUUUGGAAUAUAAUAGAAUGGAAAAAAACAGUAUUAUUUAUUUAUUUAUUGGCAGGAGACAUUUGCAUGUAUUUGCAUACAUUUGCAUACACUUCUACUUCCGUGUUUUUUUCCAAUUUUGCAUACACACUCCGGAUCGAUCCCGACGAUAUUUGUAAAUACGAUUCUAUCUAUAUAAGGAUCGGAUUCAGGUUUUUUUUUCCUUGUGGAAUGUAUGGAAGCAAAAAAAUUUUUUUUCUUGUUAUUCUUAAAAUUAUUAUUAUUAUUUAUUUUGGGGAAAAAAUAGAUUUUGAAAAAAAAACGGAUUAUUUUGCUGCUCGGAAAAGAAAUGUAAUUUUGUACGCUGAAAUCGGAGAGAGGUUUUUAUUCCUUUCCUUGGGGGAAAUAACAUAUAUUAUAUACAGUAUCAA